AAAAAAAUUGGGAGUAGUAAUACAGUUACCACUAAAGUUUAGGGACAUAAUGAACAAAAAAAAAAAAAAAAGUUACACAUCUUAUGAAUUAGACGGAGAUUUCGCUGCCAAGUGCCGACGAUGCGACGGCGAGAAGAAAAGCGUCGAGAAUUUCACGAAGCUCUUCUUCAAACACUGUAUCCUCCUUCAUCGCCACCUUCUUCUCCUUCCUAUUCUCCGCCUCCGGUGGAGGUUGUUGAUAACGAACCAUUCGAUGUGUCACUCAUAAACCCAGAGGAUUACUUGAAAAUCGAUUCAUCUAAUCACGGAGAAGACAAAGAAAUCGGAGACGAAUUGGGGAUUGCAGAGAAACAGAGUCGAGCGCAGAGAAAGAGGUUAAGGAAGAAGAUGCUCAAAGAGGAAGCAGCUCGACGGAAGAAAGUCAUCGGACCUUUACUUCCGACUGAAAUGCUUCAGACCCAUGAUGAAAGAAGUGUCGGAGAUGCUUGUGGGAGCAAUGUUGAAGAAGAAGAUUCUGACGGUGGCGAAGAAGAGGUUGAUGGGAGCAUUAGCAACAUAUGCUCACAACUUGUUCGACCAAAUGCCCAAGAGAAGAAAGAAGGACUAAUCGGUGACAAUGAUAAGACGAGAAAAGUCAAGAAGAGAAGAAAUGCUAAGAAACUGGCCAAAGAGAGUUCUAAGAAUAUCCAGGAUGGAUCCAAUGCAAUCCCUGAAAUUCCUAAUUAGGGUUCAAAUUAUCACAGACCUUUAUCUAAG